GCCACCAUUGUGCCUAAUGGGGGACUUCAUCUGGAUUUCCACACAGAAAGGGAUGAAUCUCCAAGUGAGAUUGGUUGGCAUUUGAAGACUUACAACCGGUGGUCUACUUCUGUUUUCACACAUCCUUCAUUAACAUCAGUCUCUCCUUCUAACAUGAUCAGGACUCUCCAUUUAAUAUCUGUGACUAGUCUUACUAGUGGGGCAGUUUCCUCUAUAGUUUCAAAAUUCCAGUUUCUUGAAAGCUUGAUAAUCCAAGAGUGCCAUGGAUUAGAUUCUUUACAGAUUAAUGCUUGUGAUCGCUUUUCGCACUUGAUGAUUUUUUAUUGUCCCCAUCUGAAGUCUCUUCAUAUUAAGGCUUCUAAAAUUGUUAAAUUUCGAUUCCGUGGGCUCCUUCCGAUGAUUAGUUGUGAAUCUUCUAGCUAUGCAUUUCUUUACGCCUGAAAGAUGCCAUGCUUGUCUUUAAAGGAGGCCGAGUCUAUGAUUGCUUUAAGUACAUGGGUUUGAACUCACUUGUAUCAGCCAUAAGAGGUGUUCAAAUUCUUACUCUAAGUAGAUGGACUUUUGAGCAUAUGCAAAUCAAGUUGGUUGAUUAUUUGAAACGGGCAGAGAAGAGACUAUUUCUGCUUGCUAGAUCUUGUUCCUUCCAAUUCAUUAAUUUAGAAGAGUUAUGGUGGAUUGUUAAUUCCAUGGAUAAAUAUGACAUUAUUGUUCUGCUCUCCUUCCUCAAAAUGUGUCCUUCCCUGAAAAAACUUUUCCUAAGUAUUGAUCCUACAAGCUACUGCAGGCUGAGCGCAAGAGAAAGAGAAUGCUUAAGUGAAGUUCCUCAGCAUACAAGAUUAAAUCACCUUAAGUUCAUUAAAUUGGAAGGAGUGAUGAAGGAGGAGGAUAUGAUUUCAUUGGCAGAGCAUUUACUUGAGGUAGCGACUAUGGAGCCAUUAGUCUUAGCAAAAUCACAUGACAGCCAUUUAUCCAAAUUGGUGAAAGUCCCUAUGCCAAGGCUACCGAUUAAGGGCAACCAAAAAAAAUGCAGUGCUCAAUGCAGGAAAAGAAAUAUUGUUACAAGUUUGUGAAAGUGAAAGAAGGAUACAGUGGUGAGCUAUGUUCUAGACAUGAUCACAUGGAUUUGUAAUGCCAGUUUCUUUACUUUGCUGAAUCAUUAUGUGGAUUUUUAUCUUGGUUGAAUGUAAUCUUUUUGAGAU